AUGACAUCAUCACUCGAAAUUCUUUCUUUAAUCUUGUUUCUCUCAUCUCUUAUCACAUGUCACGCUCAAUCGUUGGAUCCCAAUAAUCCAAUUGCUAGUUACCUUCCCAAGGAUAUUGGAGAAACCAAGGGUCUGAGGGAUAAAAACGCACUAUUUGAUGUGCACACAAAAUGGAACGAUCAAGACAUGUUCGGCAUUGACGUCUCCACUCCACCGCCAAAUUCUAUCUUGAUACCUUAUUACCACGUCUACAUUCGUUGGUCGCAAUCCCCGCAAACCACCACCAACAUUCCUCUAACCAAUUUCAAGAUCUCGUUACACAACAAUCCCAAAUCUUUCGGAAGUAGAGUCUCGGCCCAAGUUAAAUCCGAUUGGUCCAAGGACAUUGCUAGUAAUGUUAGAGCAAAUGAGUAUAUGUGGAGUGUCCCAUUGGUUCCGAUCGAUACGGUGACAAACAUGUCAUUGUUUUACAUUAGAAUAGAAUCCGAGGGGAUUAUCAAUUCAGGUGUUUUCACGGUGUUUGGAGUUACAGGUCCUUUGACAAUUUGGAAGGGUCCGGAUAAGGUGAAUAAAACUUUAUUCGGACCGCCUGUCGAAGAGAAUGACAAAAGGAUAAAUUCGAGUGAGACGAAAAUGAGUUCGAUGGGUUAUAGUUUUAACAAAGUCGUAAAUCUUUCGUGCGGAGAAAAUAAUUUGAUGAAUGUAGUUAUUUUCUUAACGAUUAUAAUGGCCGCGGUAGCUUUGUUUUUGUGA